GGCAGGCCCGGCAGGCCUGGCAGCAGGACGGAUCGCGCAGCAGUGGGGUUAUGUUAUUGUGAGCGAGAGUUGACAAGUGACAUUCUGGCGCUGCUGACAUAUGAUAGUGAUGAUUGACACUCGGUCGUGCGGGCGACGCGAAAAAUGUUUUAUUUAACGCGAUUCUGCCGAAUCUGCGUGCGGAGUUGCGGCCCGCUGAUCGACAUCGACGCUGAGGACGCCGACGCGGUCAAGCUCAGCGACAAGCUGCGCUACGUGCGCGCCAAGAUGGUCAUCAGUGAAGAGGAGCACUGCCGACUGAUGUGCUAUGAGUGUGUUCAGAAUCUAAGAGUUUCAUAUCUCUUCCAAAAGCAAUGCACAAAGGCUGAUGAGAUCCUAGAGAGAUACCUGAAUGAGCUCACCAGUGAGUGUCCAGGGAGGAAGUUUGUUAAUUCGGAACUGAAGGUUACUAUUGUACCUAUUCCUCACUGGGAAGUCAAGCCAGAACCACAGGAUGUGGUUGAAAAUGAUGAGGAAGAGAUCACUUGUGUUGGUAGCACUGCAGUGGGUGCUAACUUUAAUUAUAAUGCAUCUAUUUCUAUCAGAACAAGGAAUAAAAUACCUUCAAGUGCAGUAAACAGUGUUAAACCUAUCAGACUUAGAAGGAGGUUAAAACAGGAGGCUUCAUUUAGAAUAUCAGAGGCUUACAAAGAUCGUCUUCGAAGACUACGACGUGUCUGUCCACGCAUAACCAAACAACAACGCUGUAUGCUCCUAAAAAGUUUAUUAACAAAAAGUGACCACAACAGUAAUUCACCAGUAAUUCCCUCACGAAAAUCUCGAAAGUACGUUUUGUAUCAUUCAAGACAAAGAAACACACAACCUUCAUGCACAGGCAAAGCAACAAAAUCGAAACCAUUGAAAAACAAAAUGGACGCCAAACCAAAAGGCGGACUGCGUGAUCUACUGGGGUUUAUAAAAUGCUACGAUUUUGGUUUCAACGUCAAAGAUAGUGAUAUAAAAGAGCAAUGCAACGGCAGCGUCAUCGACCGCUUGGAAAAUUUCUCCCGGACGUUCUUUUACAACGAUUUCCAAGCUUAUCGUGAAACAAUACUAUCAUUAGCUAAUGAUAGUGAAAGCAGCGAUGACGACGACGACAUGUUGGAGCCAUUCGACGAAGAAGAAGACAGAUUAUUAUGGCCCGAGUGCAGUUUAGGCGAUAAUCAUCAUUAUAACAACGUAACGAUCAAAAAAGAAACCGUUGACGGCGAUAAUGUGCAGAUUAAAGAAGAACCAGAUAAUGACCUUGACAAUGACAUUCUACCCUCUGCGCUUGUGCAAGCCUGUUAUGAACAGGACCAAUCACCGGAGAGACCCGCAAUGCCACCAUGUUUGAAACAAAAGAUAAAUCAAGGCUUUCAGCACUUUAUGAACAAAAUCAAGACGAAUUUAACCAGUCAAGCCUCGGAAUUGUCCGAUCCAGCGACGAUAGUGAACCAUAUUAAUCGAAUAUCUGUGAUCCCUGAAGCAUCCACCUCAAGUCUAAGUAGCUUAGAUUUGCUGACGCGAUUGACGAAUAGCACGCGAUUGGCCAAAGGUGCGCCGAAAAGUAACGCGCCGCUACCCACGCGAUGUCAUCUCAAGUGCCGGACGAGAGGUAACCGUUUCAUUAAUCCGCAACUCAUGCAACAGUUUCAGACGCGGACGUUCAAAUGUGAUACGUGCAAUCGCAGCUUCAAGAGUCCUGGGUAUUUGCACUCGCAUUGCACCAAAAUGGGGCACUGAAGCGCACGAAGCUAUAAACAGAGAGUAAUAAACUAAUUGUUAUCGGGGUUUGGUAAGGUGGCAUCAUUUUUGUAACUUAGGUUGGAGAUUUUAAAAUGGCGCAUGCGUUAUUGUUUUUUACUUUAAAGUUUAUGCAUAUUUUAGGAAUCUCGUGAGCAGGUUUUGCUUUUUACGUACUAAAAAACGCGCGGUUUAAUAUUUAAAUCGGUGCGAUGAUUAUUUUACACCUAAACUUCUGUGAUAUAUUUAAGUACUAUACAUUUUAAAACGUUACAGUUAUUUUUUUAGGUAUUUUCUUGUUUUUUGGGUGAUUUUUGGAUUUCUAAGACGAUAAAAUCACAUUUUCUUAAAUAUCUUCUAAAAUAAUCAUUUUAUCAUUACAAAAUUUGGUAUGGUGAUUAAUUUUAAUCAAAGGAAGAUAUUUUUGAAAGAAUUUUUAAAAUCGGAUGUAAAACUAAAAAGUUAUAAGAGAAAAACUUUUAAAAAGUUUAAGUUUUGAGGUUAUGAUGAUUUUUUUGAACUAAAAAUUUUAUUAUACUUAAUUUCUACGUCGGGAAAUUGUUUUAGAAAUCCAAAAAUGAUCCAAUUUACCUAAUAAGGUCAUAAAUUGAAUUUUAUUAGUACAAAUUACACGCCAAGCUGAUCAUUAUUUAUUUACAUACAUAUUCAAUAUUCAGUUAUGACUUCUAACAUUUUAUUGCUGAUUGUUUUCCGUUUGCGAAUUCGUUCAAACGACGGUAUAAUAUACAUGCAAAACAUUACCGUGCUGCAUAUUUACUUAUCCGAAUAUGGAAAAAGACUGCGUGUCAUGAAUGACGCUGACAUAAGCGAAUUUAAACAAAACAUAUACCUAUAAUAAUUCUAUGCAAAUGCAGUGGAUAGGCAUAUUGUUCACUGUCGCAAGAUUGCACAAAAUUGCGGCCUGUAAAUAAGCACAAAUUUUUUAAUAAACCUAGUUGAAAUGGAAGUUGUCAUGUGAAUGCGUCAAAUAUUGUGCUAAGCAUAUAUUUUAUACAAGAAUGAAGACAUUUGCCAUUGUUUUUACUCGAAAUUUGCACCAAACACACUUUGGAUUUAAUUGUUUUUGAUUUAUUUUGCACUUUACACACCAAAUACAUUGAAAUUUAUAUUUUGGCAUUACUCUUUGAUAAAUGAAUCUUUUUUACUUAUUGAAACAUAGUGAAAACUGUAUGUAUUGUAAUUAUAUUGUAAGAGUGUAGCUGAAGAUUGAAGUUUAUCUCAUCUGUCGAAUUUAACAGUAUUGUACCAUUGCCAAUCGAAUUUACUAGUUAUAAGGGCUUAGAGGAAACAAUAACAAAUAAGAUCUUACAUUGUAGGAAGGAAACAAAAGAUAAUAUAAACCAGUGUAAAUAUUAUUACAUAUUAUUAUUACUACAAAGUACAUGUUGAUGUUAUCAUUAUGUUUAUUAUUACAAAGCAUUCAAUACAAAUGAAAACAUAAA